AUGUCUUCUAAUAUUUUUUAGAAUAUUUGUCAAAUUCACAAUAGCAAAGUAAUUGCUAUUAAAUUGUCUCCCAGUAAGUAAUUAGAUGAUAAUCUUAUGUGUGUAUAUUGCUUUACAGAAAAUGCUCAACAAUCUCUUGCGCCAAUAAAUGAAAUCUAAAAAUUGUAUGAAACAAAACUUGCAUUCAUAAAAUAAAUUCAUACUAAAAAGCACUAAUUAAUUAAUUCAUCAUUGAAUAUAAUUAUAGAUACAUUGAGUUAAUUGAAAAAUGAUCUAAAUAUUUCAAUAGAUAAAGGAAUUCGGUUGAUUUAAAAUCAAUUAUAUUUAGAAAAUUAAAAUUAAAAGGAAUAGUAAAUUAGUCCUGAAGAUAAUGAGAAGACCUUAAACGAUUAUAUUCAGUUUAUAAUUAAUUCUGAGUUCAGUUACGGUUAAUAGCAAUAAAAUGAAGAUGAAUUUGCUUGGAUUUAAUCCUUCUCUCAAGAAUUAAAGAGAUUCAAUAAGAUUUAAGAAAUUUAGUAUUGCUUAUAAAUAUCAGAAGAUCUUAAAAAAUAGUAUUUAAUUAAAGAUAAAAAUAUAAAGCCUCAAAAUUUAAUUAAUUAAUAGCUAUAAACAAUAACUUGUAAUGAAAGAACUCCAAAGCUAAAUUUAAAUUGUUAAAUCCACGGAAAAGAAAUAAUUAUGUUUGAUAUCAAUUAAACAACUGAUAAGGAUAAACGCUUAUGUUGUGUAGAAUGUAUGCCGUUUCAAUAUAUAUCUUUAAAUAAAGCAUAGGAAAAAUGGAAAUAAUUUGAAAAUAGAAAAAGUAAUUAUUUUUAAUAAUAAAUUCUUGAUAAAGAAUAAUAUUAUGAAUCGGUCAAGGAAUAAAUUAUUAAAAUUGAAUACUAAAUUAUUGAGUAAAUUAAAAAUUUAAGGAUUAGUUUUGAAGAUAAUCUAUUCUUAAUGAAAUCAAAAAUUGGUUCAAUUCUCAAUUAAAUGAAUUAAGACUUUUAAAAUCUCACUUAGUAAGAAUUAUAAGAAAGAGCUUAAAUUUUAAGUAAAUCAGAUGAAAUUUAAGAUAUAUUAUUUUUUUCAGAAUACUAAGAUAUUUAAGACUUUAUACUUUAAUAAUUGAAGGAAUAACUCCAGUAAUUACAGUUUUACGAAUAAAAUUUAUAUGAUAAUUUAAGAUCUACUUUAUGUAACUCAUAAGAAAUAAGUAAAGCUACAAGUUAAUCAGAUUAAAAUAAUCUACAAUAUUUUAUAAUUGAAAAUAGAGAAAAAUCAAAUAGUAAUUAAAUGGAAUAAUUUACAUAAAGAUCUUAAGAAUCUCAAGAAUUGAAUAAUAAUACAUAAUAUGCAUUAUAAAUGAUAAAUGAGAAUCGUUAAACUAGAAGUGCUUCAGCUUAAGUGAAAUCAAAGGUUUAAGAAAACGAUUAUUAAGUAAUAGAAGAAAAUCAAAUUAAAAUAGAAUAAGAAGAAUAAAUUUAUGAAAUAAUUGAAAAAGUUCCAUAAGAUUAAAGUUGUAAUGCUAUAUCAUUUAAUCAUGAUAAUCAAAUUAUGAUUAGUGGUUGUUAAAAUGAUAUAACUGUUUGGGAAUUUAAUAAUGGAAAAAUGGUUUAAAAAUAAAAAUUAGCAGGACAUACAAAUUUAGUUAUAUCGUUAUAUUUCAGUUUAAAUAAAAAUGAAUUCAUAUCAGGGAGUACUGACAAAUCAAUCAGAUAUUGGUAAUUUCUUGAGAAUGAGUGGAAAUGUAAUUAAAUAUUAUUAGGGCAUAAAAGAUAAAUUGAUUGUUUAUUAUUUGAUAAUAAAGGUAAUUAGAUUUUAUCAUGCAGUUGUGAUAAAUCAAUAAGAAUAUGGAGAAAAAACCAAUAAUUUAAAUGGAUAUAAGUUUAAGUGUUGACUAAUCAUUAAGCUUAUGUAAGAUGUAUUAGUUUCUGCAAGUCUUAAGAUAUGUUUGUAUCAUGUGGAGAAGAUAAAAUUAUUAUUGUUUGGGAAAUCGAUUAAUUCAAAGAAUGGAAGUUAAAAUAAAUAAUUAGAAAUUCUGACUAUGGAUAUCGUAUAUGUUUUGUUGAUGAUUAAUAUUUAAUUUGGCAACCAAGAAAUAUUAAUUAGGCAAUUAUUUAUUAAUGGAACAGCAACUUGAAUUAAUUUGAUUAAAGUUAUCAAAAUAUCUAAUUAUUAUAGUCAAGUAACGGAUAUUAGAAUUUCUUUCCAUCUAUUUAUAAUGAGGAAAAAUAAUUAAUUAUAAAUAAACAUGGAAGAUAUGUCUAUGUCUUAAAAAAAUUAAUUAACAAUACAUUUUUGAUAUCAUAAGUAAUUGAAGUUGGUCAUUAUUGUAAUUACGGUUCAUUAAGUAAAAAUGGUGAAUACUUGGUAAUAUGGGAUGAGGAUUCGAGAAAUUUUGUUAUCAGGAAAUACAAAAUUUGA